UUGAUGAUAAUGUAUUUUGAAUCUGUGAUAACAAUAUGUACAUCAUUUUAGUUUGUACAACUUACUAUUUACUCUUCAGUCGUUCAGUCUUGCUAAUGAAGUUUUGCUCGUUGAAUAUUUCGAAUUUCUCGAUGUAAAGUUAGAUUUAAGCAUCAAAAUGAAAGAAAUAUAUCAAUUACCUGAUACUUUACCUGUAUUCUUUGAAUCUGAUUCAUCCGAAAAAGUGUUAAUCGAGUUCAAAGGCGAAGAAAUUUUGUACAUCAUCGGAGCUGUUGAUGUCCAGGUGUUGGAAGGAACUAUAGAACCAUGGGGUUAUACUAUGACCGUGGAUAGUCCAAAGACCACAUUGUACUCUUCAGGAUUGCAUGGAUUGAUUUCUAUUGCUUCAGCUAACGGACAGAAAGCAGUUGUCAUGCUAGAGAAGAGCAGUCAAUCCAGUAAAUGGAAAUCUUUUAUGAAAAUUUAUGUUCCCAGUUUCAACAUGUUUGACGCAAAUGGAACUAGAUUGACUCCACCCAAACGUUUAUUAGAACUUGAAGAACAAUUAGGUUGCUGGUUUGAUCUAAGCAAGACUCCAAUGUCAAAUCAAAGACUUGUGGUGAAUGAACAAUUUGAAGGUUUCUGUGAUGAACUUCUCAAGCGUCCUAUUGGUUCACCUACUGGAUCAAUCCGAGUUUUGUUGGCUGGGUACAAAAAUUCAGGGAAGUCUACAUUGAUGCGUUAUUUUAUUAAUAAAUGCCUUAAGAAGUGGGAUAGAAUAUUAGUAUUGGACUUUGAUAUUGGCCAAAGUGAAUUUUUUAUACCUGGAUGUAUCUCUGCAUUUAUUGUUGAUAGACCAUUACUUGGACCAAAUUAUACUCAUUUAAUGCAACCUUUAAAAUCAUAUUUUUUUGAGAGUAAUGAUGUUAUGACCAAUGUAMCACUUUACAAUGAAAUUGUUAAAAAAAUAGUUGACGAUACCAAUACUGAUGAGUUGAAACAAAUUCCAUGUUUUAUUAACACCAUGGGAUUUGUUGAAGGAGGAGGCCUUAAGAUCUUACAUAAUCUAAUAUCUGAAACUAAACCAUCUGAUGUAUUACAGAUUAAAUUCAAUGACAACCAAGAAUUAAAUUUGCAUUCAGAAAUUAUAAAUGACAGUAUAAAAUCUUCUUUGUCAUAUAACCUUUGGUAUUUUACUUCAGCUGUUAAAAAUAAGUUUGCUAAAGCUCCUUAUUCACCAAACGUUGAUAAACACAUAAGGCAACAAUUGGUAACAUCAUCCUAUUUCAGUAAAUGUUUGGAAAGUACAGAUAUUUAUUUUAAUGAUGUGAUCCCAUAUAGAAUAAACAUCCGAAAUAUUAAUGUUGAAAUAAAGGAUAUUGAUGAAUUAACCCAAGACGAAUCUUUAGAAAUUAUAAAUGCUAAUGUGGUAGCCCUGUGUGUGGCCAACAAAACAAAUGUAUGUGAAUGUGUUGGAUUUGGAGUUGUUCGUAUUGUAAAUAAAUCUACUGGUGACAUAUUUAUAACUACUCCUGUAUCGCCAGAUAUAUUGAGACAUGUCAAUCAGUUAAGACUUGGUAAUGUUAAUUUGCCAUACACAUUUUAUACAGAAGGUACAGAAAACCCUAAAUAUGUUAGUGUAAAGCAGGACAACAUAUUAAAUGAGAAAGUCGCCAGACAUUAUAAAGUGAUGUAAUUAAUGAUUUCAUAAUAAUUGUUCUUUAUCAAAUAUUGAAAAUAAUAAUUAAAAAAAAAAUAACAAAAAUAAGUGAGAUCAAUGUCUUGUAAGUUCUUAAAAUUAAUACUUCUCUAGUUUAUUUUAAUUUAUAUCUCUAUCAAAUCUAAAAUAAAGAGCUGUGAGUACGGUUUGGGUACCAAUUUUAGGAAUGACUAGUGAUGAAAUUUGAUGAAAAUCAGUUCUGCUA